UUUAGGGAGAGGGCUACAACUCCUUAGGAUCUCCGUAAUGGUGCAAAUGCGGGAGUGAUUCACUCCCACAACAUUUGCGCUCAUUCUAAACAUUUCCUGACUUUCUUUACGUAAAUAAAAUGAUAUUCUAUGUUUCUUAGUCAAUAUAUAAAUUUACAACCUUCAACUUUAGAUUUGUGAGGCUCUAUUCUACCGUUUUCAACAAUUUCGAUAAAUUCCAAUUCCUCGAUUCAUAUUUGUGCGCCAUGUUUGAUGUACUGAAGUUUCAACUUCCGAUUGUCAAGUCAUUUGCACAUGCCAUAUAAGGUAGUAUUUACAUCAAUGGACAAGUAUGGAGGCGAAAGCUAUUUCGUCGGUAUUGAAAAGGUUUGAAUUAAAUAUCAAGUUAAAAACCGAACAGCAGAGUGUAAAUUCUUUCUGCAACAAUAUGAUUUUCCUUUCUUUGUCGAAGUGGCUCGAGUAACUACAUUUUCGCGCUGAUUGUCAAUGUUUAGGCUUUCAUUAGAUCCACCUACGAGAUCUCGCGAUAACAAGCAUGGCGGAGCAGACGAAGAAUUUUGCAUGCUGUACAUUAUAUUUAAUGAAAAACACCUUUAUUAGACAUGCCUGAGCACAAAGUUGGUACUCCUUUUGGUGUAAACAACAUUUGGGACUAAUACACAGAGUUUAUUAUCGGUUAUUCAUAAAAUUAUUUUGCACCAUUACGGAGAUCCUAUGGAAUUGUAGCCCUAUCCCGAAAACGUCAGAAUAAAAAAAAAAUUGGAUAGGGCUACAUUAUUGCAGCUAGGGGUGGGGGGUCAUUGACCCAAACAUAAAUACAUGGUAUACUGUACAACAAUAUUUGACUAUUUCAUUCCUUCAGAGAGUUUACUUUAGUGGUUACGUUUCCAGUACUAUUGACAUUGUGAAACAUGCUAAAGUCUGGGUUUUGUGGCUUUAUUCCAUUGCUGGUCACGAUAAUUGGAUGAUUAAUUAUGGGUCCACAUCCCCUCAUGUGGUCUAGAAUUAACUGAACUGUUUGGCUGAGAAACUCGUCAUAUCUAUCGUUGUGUUGUUCAUGUACAUGUAUAUUCUAUUAAGCAUCUCCUAGGGGCUUGCUAAUUGAUACUAAAAUUGGAAAUAAGUGAAAUAUUUUUAUUUAUUUUUCGGAUUUACCAAACUUGCCCGUUUUCAAUAUUUCAUAUAAUUUGUAAGAGUUGUAGAACUUUGUUUACGUGGCGUCAUCGUAUGAACGGGAAUGUUUACAGAUCUGAUGCUGCUAUUUCUUUGCUUAAGGAAUGUUACCUUAUACUGAAUUAUGUUAGAUUUCAAAAGAUUAAAGAAGAAAUAGCCAUUUGAAAUUUGAGGGCGAGACAGCCCCUUGACAACGGGCCGAGACAGAGAUAUCUCGGCCCUUAGGGCGAGACAGCCCUACCUACUUGCAGCUGUCUCACCCUAGCCAAGAUAGGUGUAUCAGGGCUGAUACACUACUAGGUAUAUGAUAUAAGGUGACUUUUGACAACUAUGGUAAAUCAACAAAUUACCGGCAGGGUUCUGGUUCUGCUUUUGAUGGUGAUUUUAGGAGUGCAUGCUGGGAAACCCCUAGAUCCGCGUUCUGUGAAGACCAUCCUCCUAGACAGUGAUAUUGAAGGAGACGGGAACUGUUUCUACAGAUCCUUGUCACAAUAUCUGUUUAAUGAUCAGAACAGAUAUCAAAACAUACGUCAAGAUGUCAUCAAUUUCAUGUCAGAGAGGGAAGAUGAGUACUUGCGGUUUAUUCUCAAUGACCACAGUGAGGAGUAUGGAAGAUUUCUAAGUCGACAUAGGGAGGAUGGGGAGUGGGCAGAAGAUGCAAUAGUGCAAGCCGCAGCGGACUUCUACGGUGUGGAAAUCUUCGUCAGUAGCUUUGGUAAUUCUGAUGAUGUACAGCAGAGUGUGAGGGCCAGAAGUGCUCAAAGAGUAGAAUCUCGGAGAUGGCUUCAUUUACGAUUAAGACAGCAUCACUACGACAUUAUUACAGAUAGUUUCCAGGAGAAUGCUGUAGAACCAAAGGAGGCAGUCGAUCUGCGAGACAUUUACAACCUAAAGCCAGAAAUUGUGUUCCCAGAGUCAGGUGGUGGAAAGGUCAUUCCCGACAAUGAGCUACCAGAAAUUGAUGACCCCUUGCAAUCAGAGGAUGUCAUUGACAAUAUCUGUAAUGAUACCGAGAGGUUUAGAAUCAUCAAAUCUGGUUUGAAAGAUUUCAAAUUCCGAGAGGAGAAGAAAGGUUUUCAUGAUAUAAGAAAAAAGAAGAAUAUUAAAACUGCCUUAUUCAAGCGGAUAGACAAAGAGAUAUCAGAAAGUGAAAGAGAAUUGACAUCAUUAUGUCAGACUACACAGAAUCUUGACUUAAGAACAAUUCCCUCAGUGGAAAAUUUAGGAAGACAAGAGGAUCGAUAUGUUGUGCUGGAGGUUGAACAGAAUGAAACACUUGAAGAGUUAGAUGUACCGAAACAAGUAAAUGAAAUAGUGUCUUCUGAAGAAAAAGACAAUUUGGAGUCGGACACAGAGGUCCCACCUGUUAAGAAGCCAGAUGUUGGAAUUCAAAUUGAAGACCUGGAUCACCUGAGACGAUUAAUUGGGGAUGGACAGGUACGAUUUGCAUCCCCCUUACGUGUCAGAAGGUGCCGCUUUGGUUUGGAGUAUUAUCACCAUUGCAUCACAAUAGAAGCCAGUGACCGUUCCUUGACAGUUCUUCACUUAACAAAACGUCCCCCAUGUCAUAUCAUGUGCGACAUGGUAACCAUUGAUUUUUCACGUUUAAACAACACAUUCUUGGACUUUCAUCUAGGAGUAGAACUUCUAUGUAAGUUUGAGAUUCCAUCUCUUACAAAUGAAUCUGCUUUAGAAGCAAUUCGUUUGAGAAUUGAUUAUGUCCUCUCGUUAGAUUGCAUUAAUUACAGCUUGAUUUCUAAAACAGGUAACAAGAUGUAUUGUGCUUCAAUGGUAUCGUAUAUUCUAACUGGUGAGAAAGACCACACAGAAGUUUACGAUUUCAUUAACCGUUACCACAUAUUCGCCAUUUUAUUUAUCUUGCUCAUAGACUGCUCCUGUACUGUGAUGUAUGGAGUAAGAAUUGGGGAAAAGGGAUUUUCCAAAUUAAAAGGAAAGUUAAAAGAUGCAUAUAAAAUAGUGAAGUUAUGUACAAUAGACAGGUUAAAUUCACUCCUCAGUUUUAUUAUCUGUAUGUUUAAUCCAGCUGGUAAUUUAUGGAGAUUUUUAAAGGAAAAUGUAUCAAAAAAGAAUAAAAAGAAAGAUUAGAUUUUUAUGAAUUUAGCAUGAAAAAUUUAAAAUAAGAAAAGAAAGAUUAUAUUUUUAUGAAUUUUUAGAUGAAUGGUAUUUUCCUACUCCUGGUGCGUCUAUUACACAGUCGGUCUAUAAACACUUGUACAAUAUCAAUUGUUGCAUGAUUCUUCCAGCCACAAUUUGUUUUAUAUCCAUUUUCCUAUAUUUUUUUAAAUAUUUUAAAAAACUAACUAAAAAGAGAACUGAAGUAAUUGUUUAUUUUUAAUGAAGUACACUUAUAAUAUUUUUACCUUAGUUGAAGAAAUAAAUCGUGUGUUCAGUGCUUGUCUUAUAAUGUUGAUAGAAUCACAAGAUUGCUACGCCCCCAUCGCCGCAAAAAAAGUUGAAGCACAUAAGUCACAUAACUCCUGUAACAUUUUGUAGAAUCAAAAUUGUGGUGGAAUAUGAUCAAUAACAUAUGGUAACUAACAAUCCUGCAAAAUUUGAACAAAAUCCAUACAGUGGUUUCUGAGGAGUUAUAUGUAGGUCCACAAAGUGUUCUUACAGUGUAGCAUGUACAAAUUCAACAAAGUGCCAUAACUCCUGUAAAAUUUGUCGAAUUAAAAUGGCAGCAUAAUAUGAUCAACUACAUAUGGUGUCUAAGAAUCCUACAAAAUUUGAACAAAAUCCAUCAUAUGGUUUUGGAGGAGUUGCUUCCACCAAGUCAAGUGGAAUGGACACCAGUAUUUCUGUGUCGCCUUCCAUAUGGAAGGGUGGGGUGGACAAAACUUACACCUUUGAACAAAAACCCUACACAAAAUUGUUAGAUCAUGUGUAAAUUUAAAUGUCUACACUUAAAAGAUAAAAUUUUAUGCUAGAGCACAUUAAAUACAACCUACAUUCCAUCGAUGAUACAUGUACAUGUGUAUGUCGAGUAGUAAAUACGUAAACAGGUUAUUGAGUGGAUUGGCUGAACAGUCGUGACAACAUCUGUUUAUGGAUGAAAAUGAAUGAUGCGCAUUUUUUAAACAGAUUCGAGCGAGCCUGAGAAUCAAGUCAUUCAUUUUUUAGGCUUGAGAUUUUAAUUUAUAUCUUCUGUGCGGGAUUUAAUUUCUAAAAUGGAAUCUCAUAUUUUCUCAUUGUGUAUCACUUUUUCAAUUCUCAUUCAUCGCCAUGAUUUGCAUUGAAUAUUAUGAUGCAAUAGAUUGCACAACAAACUUUGGAAGUUCUACACCCAAACAGGUGAUCUAUUAAUAAUGUCUGUAUGUUUGUUUUAUAGUUUUAUGCCCCCGGAAUCGAAGAUUCAGGGCCAUAUAGUUUUUGGCCUGUCCGUCAGUCUGUCUGUCUAUGGCAAAAACGUUAACCUUGGUCAUAUCUUUUACAACAUAAAGAGAUAGACUUUUCAUAUUUGGUAUGUGUAUUCCUUGUGGCAAGAUCUUUCCAUUAUCAACAAAAUAUUUGACCUGGUGACCUUUAUAUUGACCUUCAAUCUACUUUUCGAAAAUUUGAAUGUACAUGCAAGCCAUAUGUUUCAAAGUAGCAAGAGAUACUGCUUUUAUAUAUAGCAUUCGCAUUUAUUGUGAGAAAACCUUUUCAACUAUACCAGGUUUGUUGACCUUGUUACCUUGACAUUGGUCAUUGACUCAGUUUUUUGAAUUUUCAAAAAAAAACUUUAACCUUGGCCAUAUCUUUUACACCAUAAAAGGUAAGCUUUUUGUAUUUUGUAUGUGUAUUCUUUGUGGUUAAACCUUUCUAUUGACACCAAAAUCUUUGACCUAGUGACCUUUACAUUUACCUUUGACCUACUUUUAGAAAAUUUGAACAUAAGCCAUAUCUUUCAAAUUAAAAAGGGUACUGUUUUUAUAUUGAGCAUGUGCAUUUUUUGUGAAUAGACCUUUCCAACAAUACCAGAUUUGUUGACCUUUUGAUAUUUACCUAGUUUUUGGAAACUUUGUAAAAAAAAAAUUGCAGUUCCAUUUUGUUGUAAUCCGGGGGCAUCAAUGUUUCACAAACACAUUUAGUUUAAAGUAGCAAAGACUUCCCGUUGUCAUGACGAGUUUUGUAAUAUCAAAGAAGUUGUGUUGAGGGGGCUUGUGUUUUAAUUUUAGUUCAUCUUAGUCACUCAUGCUACAACAUAAAUGCCUAAAUGAUCAACCUGCUAUUCCAUGAGUGAGUAGUUUCACGACUAUUUUGUGUAUGAUCUUGAAACAUUUUUUUUGUUUAAUUUUUCAACAUCAGAAUCUUCAAGCUAUUUGGCUGGCUUAUGAUCUUGUACUGAAUGCUAUCAACUGAAAUAUACGUUGUCAUUCACAUCAUUGAUUUCUACUCGUAUGUAUGUAAAAUGUAUGUAAAAUCUGAUUUGAUAAUGAUAGAAUUAGUAAUUGUUACAGCAUCUAUACAUUGUACUUCUAGGCAGCUACUACUGUAAUUUUUGUUUCCAUUUUAUAUCGACCAUUUCGCCCACAUUUUAAAAAAAAAUACCUUGAAAAUCAGUAAAAUCAAAUGUGGUAUUCUAUUAAAGGUUAUGUCAGCCUGAAAAAUUAUUCAUCAUGUUGACAUUCUUUUGUGCAUUUGUCUGUUCUACUGAGUGGAAACUGACGUAAGAAAUCAGCAUUGAGAGAGUACUCUAGCAUGUUAUGGAGACGCUUUAUUAUAUUUUGAAAUUAUGUUAUUUGUGCAAUUAAAUUGUUUAUGUUAUAGCUCACAGAGAUAAAUGUCCGCAGAGCUACAUGUAUUGUCAAGACCUUGUCAUCACAUACAAGACAUGUUAAGGAAAAAACUUUAACCUCAGUUAUAUCUUUUCAACCAGAGAGAUAGGGAUUUGAUAUUUCACAUAUAGAUCCCUUAAAACCAGGUCUUUCUUUUGGUACCAAGAGUUUUAACUUGGUGACCUUUGAACUAUGUCCUACUUUUUUGAUAACUUUAAUCUUACUACAUCGUUUGAACCAUGGGGUAUAGGGCUCUGAUAUUUGACUUAUAGAUGCAUCAUGACAAGACCUUUCUUUUAGUUCCAAGACUUUUAACCUUGACUUUGGGUUUUGACCUACUUUUCAAAAUCUUUAUCCUUGGCUAUAUAUGUUGUCUUUUGAACCAAAAGGGAGAGGGCUUUAUGCACAACUCAAAUCUAAUUUAAUUCAUGUCUGAAUCCAUGUGUGUCAAGUAAAUUGUGUUCAUGAUUUUUGUACAAUAUUUGUCUCAAAAAAACUAUGUGUUCAUGCACAGCUAUAAUUUAUUUAUCUUCAAAUCAAUUUAAUAGUAUACUGAAGCAUGAUGUACAAUAUUUUGCAAUAGAUCAUGUGAUCUUAUUUUAACCAAUAGAUUUUUUUUUUAAAUUUCAUUGAAAUAUACAAAUGAAAUCUAUUGAAUCUGUUGCUGUGAUAAUGUUAGUGAAAUUGUAUCAGUGUUACAUCAUGUUGGUGUGCAGAAUACAUGUAAACUGGACACAAAUGACAUUUUUUCCAGUGGUUGUUGUACAUCUGCAUUAAUGUUUAGCAAAUAGAAUCAUGUUAUAUUUUUAAUAUAAAAAUUAUUUAUGAACACAAAAAAAAAAAAAAACAUUCGUAUUUUUAUUUUUUUAUUUUUUUCUAUUUCUGUGUUCCAAAGGAAUAGUUUAAUGAAAUUUGAAAUUAGCCUCUGAUUUAGAUUAUAUUGUUAGAUAUGUUAAUUAUUUUAUGGUACAUUAUGAGGUGUACAGUAUGAAUAAAUAAUGAACUUUA